AUGUCAGAACAUGUCCAUAGGCUCUGCUCAGAAUCGCACAACAGAGCCUUUGCCCGUGCCCGCAACGCCCAGCUUAUUAUGAGUAAUGCCAUCCCAGAAAUAACAACCGACGAUGACACGCCAUAUUGCAUUUGGUAUCCGGACGUGGCUAGCGAAGAAACCUACCGCCAACUGGCAAAGCGUUACCCUGACAUGCGCUGUGGCCUCUAUAACGAACUUGGUCUCCGCCUGGCGAACAUGAUGUCCGACGACGAGGACAUUGUGCCUGCCGCGCCAAAACAGCCAUAUCUCCUAUUGACCUUACGACGUCUGACGAGACCCUACGCCCUCUGCAGAAACGAGACGCACGCCGAGUUGCUCGAACUGCCUGCGUCAUUGACAGCCGACCCAACCCCGUACUCGCCUGUUGCCCUCUACGGCUGCGCCCCCUGCUGA